AACGGUGGCGGUAUUGGACCCCACAGUGAUAUCCAUCCGCUGGUAAAACCGACAAAUAAGUGCGCUCUGAUGUUAAUAUAACAUCACCUGACUGUUUCACAUCGCUGUGACUUCUCUACAUCAUGGCAACGUCUGGCUUCACCCUGCUGAUCCUCGCCGUGUCUCUAUGGCCCGGAGACUCCAGGUUCAUAACAGACCCUUUGUCCUUCAUUAAACAGAAAUCUCAGACAUUAGAUAUGUGUUCAGAGUGCAGCCAGGUCAUCAAUCUGUCCGCCAACAGGAUUUCCAGCAGAACUACCAAGGAGAAUCUCUAUGAAACCUUACAUGCCCUGUGCCAACGCCUCCCAAGAGAACAGGCCUCAGAGUGCGAUUCACAGGUGAAGACCUAUUUGCCCCAAGUCCUGCAGCAAACCCCUGGUCACCUGAAACCACGAAAGACCUGUAUGGUUUUUGGACUUUGUGCUGCCCACGAGGAGGAGGAGCUGCUCAAACUCUCCCACCACGACUACAACACAGACAAAUCCAGCUUGGCUAUCGGCCAUGCUACAGCCACCGACAUCUCUGGUGUGUUCAACCCAGUUUGCACCCUCUGUAUAUUUCUUGUGAAGAAACUGGAGAGCCUAUUGCCCAAAAACAUGACUGAGGAUGCUUUGCAAAAGCUCAUGGAGGAGGUCUGUGAUCUCAUACCACACAGCUACAAGGACCAAUGUGACAAUUUUGUCAACAAAUAUGGCACGCAGAUAGUGGAAUUCCUCCUAUUGUCCGCUGCACCUCACACCAUAUGCACUCUCUUGCAUGUGUGUUUGUUCGAGGAGCAGCCCGUCCAAGAGUUGCCCCCCCCCUCUGAUUGCGAGUCGUGCCGCACGCUGGCGAUGCUCAGCCGACUUCACCUGGGUCUCAACUCCACGGAGCAUCUGGCUUCAUCUUUCCUGCAGUCUGUGUGUGCCCAUCACCCUAAUGCCAUCCCGAAGUGCGAGUCUUUCACCAAGAUCUACAGCUCUCAACUGGGGAAGGUUUUGGGAAACCAGAUGGCGGCUCCACAUGCUUGUGAACGAGCCGAUCUGUGUGUUGCCUCAAAGAAGUUGGAGUCGCUGGGAAAGAGUCGUUGUACCUGGGGACCGAAGUACUGGUGCAGAGACCUCCCCACUGCUCAGAUGUGUGGGAGUCAGGCGUACUGUGAGAAGUUCAUGUGGAAGGAGUGAACCAAACUGCCAGCCUGUGUGCACACAGAUCUGAUUUCUGUUUACAAAUAUAUUGCACUGAUCAACUACACAUUUAUUAAUGUAAUGCACUGAACUUUUUUUUAAACUUUUUCUGAGAAAUCAUCCAUAGCAUAAACUAUUUCAGUCAAUGAGUCUUAUAUUCAACAUUAAAUGGAACUAUUUGCAUGAACCGUCACAGAACUGAUGCUGGGAUUCAGUGUGAAAUAUCACACCCUGAAGUGGUUAACAGUACUAAUCUGUAUUUUAAAUAUGUCAUUGUGAAUGUGGAAACUGCAAAUAUAAAGUUCCUUGCAUGGAAUGAGUUCUCAGUAUGUAUGAGACUUGAGAUUUUAGACAAAAGCUGCUUUUUCUGUAAUCUUGUUGCUGUUCUUUGAUGCUUGGUGCCAAUAACUGCAUAUACAUGACAAAGUCCUGCUAUCAAAAUCAAAAGGUUUGUCAUUAAAAUUCAACAUACAAAAAUG